AUGCUCGGAGAGAGGUUGGAGGAGCGGCGGCUUCCCCAGCUGUGCACAGCUACGCGCUCCUUCCCUCUCCUUCAUAGGCCCCAGCCCACUCACAGGCUAGAAAAUGGUGAAGAAACCACUUACUAUGAUUUUUUCAGAGUCAAACCCAAUGCCACCCAGGAAGAAUUGAAAAAGGCUUACAGGAAACUAGCCUUGAAGUACCACCCUGAUAAGAAUCCAAAUGAAGGAGAAAAGUUUAAACAGAUUUCUCAAGCUUACGAGGUUCUCUCUGAUGCCAAGAAAAGAGAAUUAUAUGACAAAGGAGGAGAACAGGCAAUUAAGGAUGGUGGAGCAGGUGGCGGUUUUGGCUCCCCCAUGGACAUCUUUGAUAUGUUUUUUGGAGGAGGAGGAAGGAUGCAGAGAGAAAGGCGAGGUAAAAAUGUUGUGCAUCCGCUCUCAGUUACCUUAGAAGAUUUAUAUAAUGGUGCAACAAGAAAACUGGCUCUGCAAAAGAAUGUGAUUUGUGACAAAUGUGAAGGCCGUGGUUGUAAAAAAGGGGCAGUGGAGUGUUGUCCCAACUGCCGAGGUACUGGGAUGCAAAUACGAAUUCAUCAGAUAGGACCUGGAAUGGUUCAGCAAAUUCAGUCUGUGUGCAUGGAGUGCCAGGGCCAUGGAGAAAGGAUCAGUCCUAAAGAUAGAUAAAACUGCAAUGGAAGGAAAAUAGUUCAAGAGAAGAAGAUUCUGGAAGUUUAUAUUGACAAAGGCAUGAAAGAUGGCCAGAAGAUAACAUUCCAUGGUGAAGGAGACCAAGAACCAGGAUUGGAGCCUGGAGAUAUCAUCAUUGUAUUAGACCAGAAGGACCAUGCUGUUUUUACACGACGAGGAGAAGACCUUUUCAUGUGUAUGGACAUACAACUGAUUGAAGCAUUGUGUGGCCUCCAAAAGCCAAUCUCCACUCUUGACAACCGAACCAUAGUCAUCACUUCUCAUUCAGGUCAGAUAGUCAAGCAUGGAGAUAUCAAAUGUGUUCUAAAUGAAGGCAUGCCAAUUUAUCGAUGACCAUAUGAAAAG